CCUGUACUGCCACCCAGUCACCUUUAUAAGGGUCAUAAUGGUCCUGCGGGCAUCCAGAGGCAGCGCCUUUAAAUCUUCAUCGAUCGAUACUCGCACUGCGUGCCCUUUUACUUGCGUCCUCUAAUGUCUAUUAAGCCCAUACGUACUUCCUACUCCACGAUGUCGAAGCCCAUUGCCACGUCUCCUCUCUCCCCUGUUAAUUUUAAUAUGCCCACUGAGGCUGACGCGACGCCUGUGCCUCUUCUCCCGCCUGGCCUUCCUCAGCAGAGGCGCACCCGACCUCGGUCUGGCACCUUCAUUGGUGUCAGUCCCUUCGCUCCUCACGGUCCCAGGGGCCACCAAUGUCCCGCCGGCCCCAAUGCUCCACCGCCUCCACCCAGCGCCCAAGGUGAUCCCGCAGGUCAAUUCGGUGACCGAACGAAACAGCGAGGUCUCCUCCCACCAUUACCUUCCUGCAACCCCGACACGAAGCACCUAGACCUGGAAACCGACUCCGACGUCAAGCAACCCAUUUAUACCCACUUUUACCGUUACGAUUCUAAAGCCAGGCGUCCCGUCCUUGUGCAAUGCCCCACUCUCCCUCCAAUGGCUCCCAUCGCCAGACCCAAGGCAAAAGUCAAACUCCCCAGUAUCUCCACUAUUUGCCCUCCCAUCGUCAAACCCCAGGCUGUGAGACCCGCCCGGGCCCUCCCUGUCCCGCGUAGUUCUUCUCCCGAUCCAAAUGCGUUCGCCCGCAUGGUUGCUGGGAUGAUCCUUCACCGCCAACCGGCAGGCCGCACCCCUCGAAGGAAACUUCGAAGCAUGGGAUACGUCAAAAGCGGUCUGUCUAGCGUUGUUUCCAUUACUGCGUAAACACCCGUAGUCCUAGCUGUCGCGAUACCCCGCUAGGAUCUCCACUUUUUCUGUCACGAUCAUCAUUGCAUUACUCCUCGUCUCGGCAUUACUUUGUUGUAUUAUUUCUCUCCAUCUCAUGACAUCUCAGCAUAACCCACAAUACAUCAUACAUUUAUCUCCUUUAGACUCUGUAGCAACGACCCCCGCCGCACACCUUGACCUAUUGUACGUUAAAGUAGU